GUCGUCAUACUGAACCGAUAACACCGUGGUGAUAUCGAUCUGAAAGGGUUACGUUCGCCGCUAUAUCACCGUCAAGACGUUCGGCAUUCGCGAUAGAUUUAGAUUUUCAUGCAGGAUACAACGCACAGUGCCCAUCGCUCCCCUCAGCGCAGUAACGAUACCUCACGGCGCGCAAAACGAGAUUAUUUUCAUCGAACGACGGGUCGACGAACGGGCGGCUGCGGGGGACCCUUGAGCGAAAUGGCUUGCGAAGCCUGUAACGCAAAGUUCAACCUGUUCAAAAGAAAAAAACAAUGCGUGGACUGCCUGAGGUAUUUCUGCUCGGAAUGUGUAAUCAAACGACUAGACAAGGUGUUCACUUGUGACAGCUGUGGCCUGUUAUCAAGAAGGCCACUUAUCAGGAAUCAGAUCAGGCAAAUACGUUCUAGGGAUUUGCGCCAGUACCUUGUGGCAAAGAAAGUUUCAGUCAAGGGUUGCGUCGAAAAAGAAGAUUUGGUACAUUUACUAAUGCUCUUUGCUAAUGGAACUGACCAGUGCUUGAAUUCUGACUACAAUACAAGCGCUAGGGUGCAGAAUGCUGUCGAAGGAAUGUAUUCCAGAGUUAAUCCUGCUUUAAACAGAAUGGAAAAUAUGCCAAAUGUCAGCACUGCGAGUAAUCCUGGUGAACCUGGCGAACCUAGUGCACCUAGUGAAUCUAGUGAACCUAGCAAUUCUGGCGCAGACGUGCAAGCAUCAGCGGAACCUAUAAGAAAUGAAGACGUUGAAAUGGCGGAGGAAGCAAGUGAAAGUAGUAACAGUAGUCCGAUUAUUAGUGUUCCACUUAGCAGUGAUAAUGAAUUACCUGAGGAGAGACCAACGAAAAGUAAUGACGUCGAAAUAGAAGAAGUAUUUGAGAUGGAGAACAAUCUAACUGGACCUAGUACUGCACCAGAGCCAGUAAUCAUCGAGCAAGAAGAGGUUCCUGAAACUUCAAACGAGAAAAAAUCGGAUAUGGUCACGGAGAUUCCUACAUGGUCAGAUAAAGUGCAAUUGUCGGAUAUAAAGGAAGCCUCAGAAUUAGAGUAUCUAAGCAUUAAACAAUUAAAAAAUCUGUUGAGUACAAAUCGCGUAGAUUAUAAAGGCUGCAUAGAGAGACAAGAGUUAUUGAACAAAGUGCUCAGAUUAUGGCAGGAAUAUAGUCAAUCUAGAAAAGAUGUGGAAAAACUCAGCGAGGAAGAAUUGUGCAAAAUCUGCUGGGACGCACCGAUCGAGUGUGUAAUAUUAGAGUGUGGCCAUAUGGCUUGUUGCAUAAACUGUGGCAAACAAAUGUCUGAAUGUCCGAUAUGCAAACAAUAUGUCGUUCGUGUUGUACGAUUCUUCAAAGCCUAAAAGGGCAAUUAUGAGGGUAUAAAAGUUACUGACUAU